CAUGUGCUCGUCUCUUUCGUGAAGCUCAGGCGGUCCGAUGAUGUUAAAGCGAACUGUGCACCGCUGUGAGACCGUGUAUCUUGACGUUUCUCUAGAAUUCGAGGGCAACCCAGACUUCGAGUUUGACUCCAAAAUCUUCAAAUAUGCCAUCGUGACGGCGCUGAGGAGGCUUUUCGGAGAGGUUGGAGCUUCGAUCCAGGUAGAUGUCUUGAGGUACCGGGAGCACGACAGGAGGGCAUACCUUCGAACUUCAAUCAAAAAUUUGGUUAAAGUGUGGAGUUCUCUCACCCUGUGCACUUCGUACGACGGAAAGCCCUGUACCUUCCGGAUAUUCAAGGUAUCCUGCAGUCUCGCAAGCCUUAGCGUGUGUAGUUCCCACUAUGAACACAAACCUGUUCGACAAACCACGGAUAUUGAUUAAACAGUGCCAGCUAAUAUUCCAUGUAAUGGCUCCUCCCUUCACCGAGGUAUCCUUCACCGAGGUAUGCGGAAAGCAAGUCAUCUGCUUCUUGCCCGAAGUUCCAGCGACAUCAGACUGACACCGACCGGAUUGGCUUCGAUUGAAGAUAGUGGGGGAGACCUCAAUGGACAUGUUCCAAAAUUUAUUCUAUCUCCACUCUAGGGUAAAUGCUCUUUGCCUUGGUGUUCGAAAACCUAUCCGCAUCCAGCGUUGCUCUGUCUUGUCAUGCGACAUGAAACACAGGGGUAACUUGGAUCCAUU